AUGGCUCUAAUUUGGAUACCCUUUGCUAAACUAUUUAUACUCAUACUAAUUCACAAUCUAGUCUCUCCAGUAAGCUCUGACAAAUUUCGUAUUGUUGGUGGUUCAACAACAAGUAUUACUAACCACAAAUAUAUAGUGUCAUUAAGACUCAAAACUGGUAAAUUUUUUUGUGCGGGAUCUUUGGUUAAAGCACGUUAUGUUAUAACAGCAGCCCAUUGCGUGAAAGGUUUAACAACCCGUGAUUUAUACAUUCAUGGAGGUGUAACAUAUUUAAAACAAACCGGUGUCAAAAGAUCUGUUACAAAAAUCAUGAUACCAAAAACAUUUAGUAUUAAAAAUGGAACUAUGGAUGUAGCAGUAUUAAAAUUAAACAAACCCUUGAAAGGAAGCAAUAUUGCUACCAUACCAUUAUGUUCGCGUAUAGUGUUGACCAACAAUUGGGUUACCGUAUCCGGUUGGGGUUUCAUUAAUGAAUCAAGUUAUGGUCCUUCACAGCAAUUACGUACAGUUAAUGUUCGCAUUAUAUCGAAAGAAAAAUGUCAUAGAAAUUAUCGUGGUAAAUUUAAAAUGUCUUCUACUAUGAUGUGUGCCUCAGUGCCGGGUCGGAGAGAUGCUUGUUCUGGAGAUUCUGGUGGGCCUUUAGUAUAUCGUAAGCAAUUGUGUGGCAUUGUAUCACUGGGUAUGGGUUGUGCUAGCAAAGAAUAUCCCGGUAUUUAUACGGUUAUACGAGAUAAACAAGUUUGGAGUUUUAUAAAUAAAGCUCUAAGGAGUUGA